CCAGAUUCAAAACCUUGCUGUUUUACCAAAAUCAUAUUCUCGUUACAGAUCGAAAUUCUUCGAUCCCACCUUCACGUCACGAAAUUACGGUAGAACCAAACCCCACAAUGAUUGGCGGAAAAUCCUUCCUCCAUGGAGAACACGAAAUCCCUUUAUCGCGCUGAUUCAACCCACGAAAGCCUCUUCGGAGGGACAGUCACACCCACAACUCCUUUCAUUUUUUCUUUGUUAAGAUAACAAUGUCACUCUCAGGGACAACCUUAAGGUUUUGUCUUUCUGGUUCUAUUUCCAAGUUUGCUCCUUUUCUUCCCAACCCUUCUUUCCCCUUUUCCUUUCACUUUCAUUCUCACUCUCCUUUACUUGACCAUGACAAUGUUCACGGAGCUGCUGUAUCCCAAUUUGAUAGCAUGCUUCAUAUGCGCCCUGUUCCUCCCAUCUUUCAAUUUGGGCAGAUUUUGGGAUCUCUUACAAAGAUGAAGCAUUAUUCUACAACUAUUUCCCUUAUCAAGCAGAUGGAGCUCAAGGGAAUUCAGAGUAACUUUGUCAUUCUCAACAUCCUCAUCAAUUGUUUCUGCCACUCAGACCAAAUGCCCUUCGCUUUCUCUAUUUUUGGGAAGAUUCUCAAGCUGGGUUAUCAUCCAGGUAUCAUUACCUUAAGUACUCUCAUCAAGGGUCUCUGUCUCAAGGGUGAGGUCAGGAAAGCACUCAACUUUCAUGACAAGGUGGUAGCACAGGGGUUUCGACUUAACGAGGUUACUUACGGAAUGUUGAUCGAUGGCUUGUGCAAGAUAGGAGAGACAGAAGCUGCCAUCAAGUUGCUCAGAACAGUAGAAGGUGGGUUAUCCAAGUCUAAUGUGAUAAUGUACGCCACUAUUAUUGACUCCCUAUUCAAAGAUAAUCUUGCAAAAGAGGCUUAUGAUUUCCUAAAUAAAAUGAUAUCAAAUAAUAUCAGGCCUGAUGUUUAUAUCUAUAGUAUAAUGAUUGAUGCUUUAUGCAAGGAAGGAAAGAUAACAGAAGCCAAGAAUGUGCUAGCUGUGAUGGUGAAAGCUGGUGUGAAACCUAGUAGAGUUACCCUUAACAUUUUAAUGGAUGGAUAUUGCUUAGUCAAGGAGGUGAAAAGUGCUAAACACAUAUUUAAUGAUAUGAUCCGAAUUGGAGUAACUCCUGAUGUUCACAGUUACAAUAUCAUAAUUAAUGGACUAUGUAAGAAUAAAAGAGUGGAUGAGGCCAUGAAUCUCUUUCGGGAUAUGGAUACCAGGAACAUGGUUCCUGAUACAGUGACUUACAGUACUCUGAUCGAUGGUUUAUGCAAAUCUGGGAGAAUAGCUUAUGUUUGGGACCUUAUUGAUGAGAUGCAUGAUAGAAACCAACAACAGGAUGUAAUCACUUACAAUUGUUUGUUAGAUGUUUUAUGCAAAAACUAUCAUUUAGACAAGGCAUAUGAAUUAUUGAAGAAUAUGAUGGAAAAGGGAAUUCAGCCGGAUAUGUACACCUGGAACAUACUUAUUGAUGGAAUGUGCAGAGGAGGAAGAGUUGAGAAGGCACAAGAGAUCUUUCACGAUCUUUUAAUUAAAGGCUACCCUUUAAAUGUAUAUAGUUAUAGUAUUAUGAUCAAUGGUUUUUGUAGAAAGGGUUUGCUUGAUGAGGCAUUGAGCUUAUGGUCCAAAAUGGAAGACAACGGUUGCUUGCCUAGUGCAGUAACUUUCGAAAUAAUGAUUAUGGCUCUCUUUGAAAAGGAUGAGACUGAUAAGGCAGAGUCAUUUCUUCGUGAAAUGAUCUCUAGAGGCUUGUUGUGAAACCAUAGAAGGUGAAACUUCAUUUCUAUAUAAAGUUAUGUUUAUUAGCUAUAUAGGAUACUUGAAUGAUUUGUAAAUUUUAUAUCUGUUUGAUUAGAGGAGAGUGAGUUCUCUGAA